AUGGGUGAUGAUACUAUUGAGGCAUCGGUGCUCGGUACGAAAGAAUAUUGGGAUGACCGGUAUCAGGUCGAGCUGCAAAACUACGAUGAGCACGAGGACGAAGGAGAGGUGUGGUUCGGACGGGCAGCUGAAAAUCGUAUGUUAAAAUACAUCGACGGGGCGAAUCGGAAAAAAGAAAACAGAGUCUUGGACCUUGGUUGCGGGAACGGAUCUCUGUUGCGGCGAUUGGCGGCGAAAGGAUAUACAAAACUAUAUGGCGUCGAUUAUUCGCCUGCAGCAAUCGACCUGGCAAGAAAAAUCAGCAAGGACGAGGAUGUGGCUAUCGACUUUGACGUUCUCGACAUCCUGAAUAUCACCAAGAACUAUUUUCACGGGCAAUACAAUCUAGUGAUGGAUAAAGGUACGUGGGAUGCGAUGAGUUUAUGUGAUGUGGAAGAACGCGAGGCCCGUCGUGUUGGAUACUUGAAGGCUGUUGAAGAUGCCCUCGCCGAUGAUGGGCUGCUUCUCAUUAUGAGCUGCAACUUUACUAGGGUCGAGCUCGAGACGUUCUUUUCCUCCCCACUGCUCAAGUUCUACGCCGAGCUUCCCGCACAGGCAACGAUUACAUUUGGCGGGCAGGAGGGCACCACGAGUACCGGAGUCGUUUUCAAGAAAUUUGCU